UGUGGGCGCGGUUUGUGGUCGGACGUCAUUUCGGUGCGCCUGCGGCUCCGGCGCCUUCUUUAAACGUUUAUUGUGUUGUUGUGUGAGCGGAGAGGAGAUGUGACACCACCACAAGAAGCUAUGAGCCCACCACACAGCACCCACCUUCCAGAUUAAUGGACCUCUCUGGACCCGAUAACUGUGCACAGGACAUGGUACAGCAAAGGGACGAAGACCCCUCCCCUCCCCCUGCCGUCCCCGCCCCAGCCAAGAGGUGGCGCGGGAAGGAGCAGGUUGUGUCCCUUACCCACUCCCCCUUAAAGGGGCUCAACGUUGUGCUGUCCCAGGUGGAUACUGCUGCCCCGUCUGAGAGCUCCCUGGUGUCGUCCGAACAGGACACCAAGAUGGGACAGGAUGAAGGGCCAGCUCCGUCCCAUCCUGAUGGCGGUGAUAAAGCUUCCAUCGGUGAAGGUUUCCCAGCUCCACCUUCCGGUACAGUGCAUGGGGGUUCAGCAGAGGGACCGAAGCCUCCACCCGAGUCUGUGUCUCUGCCUGUGGGGAACGGACCUGCCGCUGAUGCCUUGCUCGCACCUCCCGCCAAAGUGCCGAAAAAACGGGGCCGGAAGUCCAAGGCGGAGCUGUUGGCGAUAGCGUUGGCGAAGAAAUUGGAAAUGGAGAGCAGAGGGGAGGUGCCCGAGCCGGAGAAAGUGGAGGUGCCUACUGUGCCUACUGAAGGACGACCCAGGCGUCGGGCGGCUGCAGUCGCUCUUCAGUACCUCCAUGAGAUUGCAGACGACUUGUCUGUUCCUGGGCGAACGUCUCCCACCGUUCUAGACAACUCCACCCCAGAACAGAAGACCGGUCAAGAGAAGACGCCGAAGACGCCACAGUCCGGGAAGAAGAGCAGGAAGAGGAAAUCCCGGGAUUCGGAUGAUGGCGACUCGGACUUUGUGGUAUCGGAAGACCUGCUGCGGGAGGAGGAGGAGAGAGAGGAGGUUGAGGAUAACUACCUGAGCGAUGAGGCUGAAGGUGACCUCCGAUCCUACAACAUGAAUGUCUUUGCAUUUGGGGAGAAGCCUUAUCCUCAGAUGAAAGGUGUUGCAGAGAACGGCUUCCAUAAUUCCAUCAUGACUCCCAUCUACAGGUCUGCAGAGAUCACUAUGGAUUUCCGGAAUGUCUACCACUCAGAAUGGGAGUUCCCUGAUUGGAUCCCGCGUAAAGACAACUGGCACUUCCUGUCCUGCCAGGAGGCUGAGCCUUACCUACCUCUCCAGUCCUCUUCUACUCCAUUCUCUAUCAGACGGGAAGCUAUCAAAGAAGAGGCCGAGCCUUGUGUCCUUAGCAGGUUCCAGUCUCUGCCCCCUCACCCUGAGCGCUGGGACUCCACCUUCUUUGUGGGGGGCCCUGUGUGGUCCAUGGAAUGGUGCCCAACCCUGGCUGGCUCCGGGGCCAGUCAGUACGUGGCUGUGUAUUGUCACCGAGGGAUGGAUGACCGGCAUAGCCUGCAUGUGACUCACAACCGACCGGCACUGCUCCAGAUCUGGAGCCUGGGAGCCCUGAAUUUGGAGAGCUGCUGCGAGUCCCCGGCGUCUUUCUCUUAUGGGUUGGCGGUGGAUGAAGGCUGCAUCUGGGACAUGAAGUUCUGCUGCAGUGGAGGGUGGGAGCUCCCGUCUGCCCCCAGGAAGGACUCGCAGAUGGCCAGACUGGGACUGUUGGCGGUCGCCUUCUCCAGCGGCCAUGUUGAAAUCUUCAGCCUACCUCACCCGGCAUCGCUCCAAGCUCACCGAAAAUCCCAGGUAAAAGAUCCUACCUCUGAGAUGAUCAUCUGUAAGGUAAGAUCGAUAAACCCUGCCGCUCCUCCCUUGUCCGUACAUUGUGUAUAUCCCGGGAUAAACCCUUCCGCUCCUCCCUUGUCCGUACAUUGUGUAUAUCCCGGGAUAAACCCUUCCGCUCCUCCCUUGUCCGUACAUUGUGUAUAUCCCGGGAUAAACCCUUCCGCUCCUCCCUUGUCCAUACAUUGUGUAUAUCCCGGGAUAAACCCUUCCGCUCCUCCCUUGUCCGUACAUUGUGUAUAUCCCGGGAUAAACCCUGCCGCUCCUCCCUUGUCCGUAUAUUGUGUAUAUCCCGGGAUAAACCCUGCCGCUCCUCCCUUGUCCGUACAUUGUGUAUAUCCCGGGAUAAACCCUUCCGCUCCUCCCUUGUCCGUACAUUGUGUAUAUCCCGGGAUAAACCCUUCCGCUCCUCCCUUGUCCGUACAUUGUGUAUAUCCCGGGAUAAACCCUUCCGCUCCUCCCUUCUCCAUACAUUGUUUACCACUCCAUACUGUUUUGCAGAGCGUGUCCGGCUCGGAUUGGUUGGGGACGGUGACUGCGGGGGAUAUUACAGGCGAGGUGAUGGCCGUCAUGAUGCCCUUUCUCAAUGUCCACUCUAUUAACACCAAACGGCCGGCUGACCGCAGAUUUCCUAUUUAUAAAGCCGAUUUCCAGUCCUCCGCUCCUUCCUCAGACAGCGACCCCCAGAGCCCAUCUGGCAAGCCGCUAACCAAGACCACGGACUACAGUUUCAAGCCAAAGUCGUUCCGAGCGGCAGCCAGCCGUGCCCGCCUCCUCUUCCAGGACACGGAUUUGAGAGACUUCCAUCGUAUUUACAGCAGGGAGCCCACAAGGAGGAUGAUAAGCAAUGAGACCAAGGGCGAUGUGAACAUGGAGCGCGUCCAGCUGGAGUCUAUACACAAGGUUCGUUUCAGCCCUAAUCUGGAUACGUACACAUGGAUCGUUUCAGCGGGUCACUCUGGCCUGGUUCGGGUGCACUGUAUCCGUGGCCUGGUGUCCUCAAUGGGUCGAGGGAUGAUCCAGGAGAAGACCACACAGUUCCAGGCUACAAAUGGUACUUGUGAGAGUGACUGUAGUCCUGAAGGUCAGCGAUGGCAGCAGCUUGUAUAGUGACAGUAAUGUCUGUAGACCUCUCAGGAGAGUGAGCAUUUCACCGGGGAACGUCGUCCCGCCAAGACGUGGUCCAUCUUCAGAGAUAUUUAUAUCACUUCUUGGUUUUUAUCCCUUUUUUUAAAUGUUGGUGAAUUUUAUACCCCCAGUCCCCCAACCCUUCAUGACAGCACUUAUGUACCACAACCCUGCCAGGCUUUUGGGGGUCACAGAUGCCACCCCAAGGAUGGACAUUGUGGGGGAUUUGAAUUCAGCUCAGUUUCAUCCAAUGAGAAAUGUUGAGGAUGACGAAGAUUCUCUGUCCCUGACGAGCGCCAUCUAACACAUGUGACGUGAACACGGCCAAAGGGAUGGUUGGAGGGGAAGUGGGGGAUAGGCAGACGAUGUCUGUUGUGAAUUUACCUUUAAUGUACACUCGCUCACAUUGAGCUACUUUAGAAGGUGAAUUUCUGGUUCUUUAUUAAAAAUCUGCAUUUUUAUACCCA